AUAAUUAAAUUCGUGGUUUUUCUUUCAAAACAUAUAAACUGUCAAUAAAAAAGCUUAUUAUACUCCAAACAUUUUGGUGACCCCGACGUGAUCGUGGAAUUAAUAUCGUAUUAAUAAAACGAAACUUUUCGCAAAUUUAAUUAAACUUUACGGUCUUUGACAAAAAAAAUGGCACCCAAGAAAAUGGAAUCAGCAGAAGCCAAGAAGAAGCUGGCUUCAUUUGUUCAACAAAUCAUCCUACUCAACAACACGUUGACUUUCGAUGUCUUGCGUGAGUUCGACGAAGCUGCAGUGGACGUACGUAUCGAGCAAGUGGAUAGGCUGGAAGAAAGGUGCGAUGCUCUCUACAGGCAACUAGAGGACAACGACGCUGAUGAUCUUUUAGCGGAAUUUAUCGAGGUUAAAACCAAGCUGAUACGUCAGCGGCACGCUUGCCGAGCUUCCGAAGCUUACAGCUCUACGACGCAGCCGUUUGCUGGCGAUCAAACUUCAAUUAUUGUCUCUCAGCCAAAGCAGAGGUUACCGGUUCUGCAAAUUCCAACGUUCAACGGUAAAUAUUCGGAUUGGCCAGAUUUUUUCUCGAUGUUCAACACCGUUGUACAUCAGGACGUAGAUUUAUCAAGAAUUGAAAAAUUCCAGCACCUUCGGUCAAGUCUACGUGAUGCAGCGUUGGACACCAUUCUUUCAUUAGAGAUAAGUAAACAAAGUUAUGAUAAGGCUAUUGAUUUGCUAAAAGCAAGAUUUGAUAAUAAACGCUUGAAUUUCCAGGCUCAUAUCAGAGAUAUUUUUCAGCUCAAGAGGGUAGAGGGUGAUAGGGUUGCCAAACUUCGAGAACUCAGCGAUACCGUAAAUGCUCACUUGCGAGCGUUGCAAACUAUGGGAACGAAGGAACAGAUUGCUGAUUGCUUACUCAUUCAACUAGUGUCUCAAAAUUUGGACGUCAAAUCUCGCGCGAAAUGGGAGGAACAAACACCUGUAAGCGAAAUACCUACAUGGAAUUCAAUGGCUAGAUUUUUGGAGCAACGCUGCCAGCAACUGGAAAAUGUAGAGAUUGUCCUUGGACUUCCGGAAAAACAGUUCUAGUGAACACAAAAUUGCAAGGUGCAAGCAGUUUCUGGGCCUUUCACCCACAAUGCGCUAUAAAGAAGCAAAACGGUUAAACCUAUGUUUGAAUUGCCUUCGAGUCGGGCAUUCACUCAAAUACUGCAAGUCCGGACACUGUAGACAUUGCACGUCGAAGCAUCACAGUCUGCUUCAUCAAGACACAAAUUCCUUUCCGACAACUUCACAACCAGUGGCUUCUGAUAAGCCGCCGCAGCUAUCACAACCAACCACGUCUAAUUCGUUCAACCCGUACUCGUUUUCUUCUUCAUCUUUCGGUCCUUCAGCUUCUGCACUCGUCGCAUCUGAAGUUCAGGCUAGCGUUGCUGAAAAAGAUUUCGUUCUCUUAGCAACAGCCAUAAUUUAUGUAAAAAAUCGAUCUGGCUCCCUCAUUCCUUGCAGGGCUCUGCUAGAUUCUGCGUCACAAUUAAACUUUAUAACCAAUCGACUCACUAAUCAACUACAAUUAAAGAAGGUCAAAUCUUCACAGUUCAUUUCUGGUAUAGGCCAAAAUGAUUUCGUUGCCAAUUAUAUCGUUAAUUUCGACCUGCAUUCGCGCAUUAACGAUUACAUUGCCAAAUUGUCUGCGGUUAUCACCCCCACCAUCACCGAUGUUCAACCAUCUCGUUCUUUAAAGGGUAUUAAUUGGAAUAUACCACAAAACAUAUCCUUAGCAGACCCAUACUUUUUCGAACCGCAGCGCGUUGAUAUGCUCAUUGGAGCUAGUUUAUUCUUUGACCUGCUCUGCGUUGGCCAGAUACGUCUGGCUGAAAAUUUACCACUUCUACAAAAAACAAAGCUAGGGUAGGUUGUAUCAGGCGCAACAACAUACAACAUUUCGAAGCUAUCUUGCUUAGCAGCCAUCGACAUGGCUCUAGCAAAUAACUCAGAUGACGACUUACAUAACCUAGUUCAGCGCUUUUGGGAAAUAGAGAACUGUAUUGGCUCCACACCAAAAACUACAAUAGAGGAGGAUUUGUGCGAAGAGCAUUUCAUAAAAACCCAUAAGCGAUUGGAAUCUGGUGAGUUUUCGGUUCGAUUACCAACAAAAUCACCUUCUUGCGAACUAGGAGAGUCGUAUCAACAGGCUGUCAAUCGAUUCAAGGCUUUAGAGCGGAAAUUUCAGAGCAAUGCUGAACUAAAACAACAAUUUUCGUCAUUCAUUUAGGCGUAUUUUGAUUUGAACCAUAUGUCAGUCGUUGACACUAUGCCAAAGCAAAUUCCAAUGAAUUUUAUUCCACAUCACUGUGUUUUAACGGCUGAUAGCACAACAACAAAACUGCGUGUGGUUUUUGAUGGCUCUGCGCCAACCAGUAAUGGACUUUCGUUGAAUUCGAUCCUGAUGAAAGGACCAACCAUUCAACCUCCACUUUUUGAUAUUUUGCUUCGAUUUCGCACCUUCAAAAUUGUUCUUACUGCAGACAUUUGUAAAAUGUAUCGCUGUGUAAGGAUGUUUGAUCCAGACAACUUCCUGCAGUGUAUAAUAUGGAGGGACAAACCCAAUGAAGAUUUUAGCAUUUUUAAGUUAGAUACCGUCACUUAUGGAACGAAGCCAGCUUCUUUUCUAGCCAUUCGUUCAAUACAGCAGCUUGGCCGCGCUGAAGCUCAUGUGUAUCCCGUUGUAGCCGAAACGAUACACCAUGGAUUUUAUGUGGAUGACAUGAUUACCGGUGCAGGCUCGUUGGGCGAAGCAAGGGUGAUAUUAAACGAGACUAAAAAGUGUUUAUCUCUCGGAAACUUUCACUUGAGGAAAUGGUGUUCGAAUGAUGAUCGAGUCUUUUUUGAUAUUGAGGAUAAUGACAAACAGGACUUCUUAACCUUUGACGACGGUACAAGCAUAACAAAGACACUUGGAUUGGUUUGGGACCCAAAAUUGGACGUAUUCAUAUUUUCCUUUUCACCCUUCGGAACACCGGCUAAGGUAACUAAACGCACAAUACUUUCGGCUAUAGCCAGGCUUUACGACCCCCUUGGUUUGAUCGGACCUGUGGUGGCCAAAGCCAAAAUAUUCUUGCAGCAUUUGUGGAAAGAGAAGCUACAUUGGGACGAAAGCCCACCUCAAGCAAUUCAAACAGAAUGGCUAGAAAUAUGCAAUCAAUACAAACUAAUUACUCGUUUUAGUUUUGACCGAUACUUGCUGAUGCCAGAAGCUGAAAUACAAUAACAUGGGUUUUGUGAUGCGAAUGAGGCUGCUUAUGGGGCCUGCAUAUACAUACGCGCUGAAAGAGGCGGACACAUCCGAAUCAAUCUUCUCUGCUCCAAAUCUCGCGUAGCUCCACUAAAACCUCUAACGAUACCGAGGCUUGAGCUAUGUGGUGCAUUACUGUUAGCUGAAUUAGUCGCAAAGGUAAUCAAUUCAACGCAUUUCAAAGCCAAGGGAGUAUAUUGCUGGUCUGAUUCCACAACCGUGCUAUCGUGGCUGCGUAGUUGUCGCAAAUCGCAUUAACAACAUUCAAACUCUCACAGCAGAUAUGGUUUGGAGCCAUGUUUCAACAGAUUCCAACCCAGCGGACGUUCUUUCAAGAGGAGCUAGCCCCAAGGAACUAUUAACCAUGGAUUUAUGGAAAUACGGUCCCCCUUAUCUGGGUGUAGAUCAAUCUAACUGGCCUAAAUCUCCUCUCCUACCAACAAAGGACUUGCCCGAGGGUCGAAAGCGUGCAUUUGUGUUUAUUUCUACUAUAGACAUGUCUUUAAGUUGCAAAUUUGUUAACUCAUUUGAACAAUUACAGAGAAUAUAUGCAUAUGUUUAUCGGUUUUCCAGAAGAGCUGGAAUGAGAUUUUCUGGACCACUCAAAGUAAGGGAAUUACAGGAAGGAACCUUUAUACUUAUACGAAUGAUUCAAAAGGCGCAUCUUCGAGAUGAAUACAAAGCACUCGAAUCCAAAGAGGCGAUAAAGUCUUCAUCUGAAAUUCGUUCGCUCGUUCCCUUUCUCGACGAGCGCGGUUUACUUCGAGUUGGUGGAAGAAUUCAGUAUUCAAAUUUGGAUUUUUCGUCGAAACACCCAAUUAUUUUGCCAAAACUUCACCCGGUGACUGACGCAAUCAUCAGCAAUUUUCAUAGGAAACUUUUACACGCUGGACCUCAAUCGCUAUUAGUAUCUAUUCGCCUACAGUAUUGGCCUAUUGGCGGGCGUAAAACCGUAAGUCGAAUUAUUAACAAAUGCGUUCGUUGGUUUCAUGUCAAUCCUAAGCUUAUGGAACAUUUAAUGGGAAAUUUACCAUCGGAAAGGAAAUCGAGCAUUCCUAACUACCGGAGUGGACUUUUGUGGGCCAUUUUUCUACAAAUCGGACGUACGCAAUAGAGCUCCAAUUAAAUGCUACAUUUGCAUCUUUAUUUGCUUCGCCACCAAGGCCGUUCAUUUGGAGCUGGUAAAGGAUUUGGCAACCUCUUCAUUCCUCGCAGCCCUUAAGAGAUUUAUUUGUACGUGUGGCAGACCGCAAACUAUAUGGUCGGACAAUGUCACCAAUUUUGUUGGAGCCAAAAAUGAGCUAUUGGAACUGAAAAAACUAUUUUUGAGCCAAGAGAAUUUGAAAAUGAUUCCCCAGCAGUGUGCGAGCGAUCAAAUUGAAUGGAAGUUGAUACCCCCUCGUUCUCCCCACUUUGGCGGUUUAUGAGAGGCUGCAGUCAAAAUGGCCAAAUAUCAUUUUUAUAGAGUUGUGGGCCUUUCUAAAUUAAGCUUGGAUGAGCUUCGCACACUUGUGUGCCAAAUAUCCGCGAUUAUAAAUUCACGACCUUUAUGUCCCAUUACAGAGAGUCCUGACGAUCUCGAAGUGCUUACCCCAGCGCACUUUCUUAUUGGCGCACCCUUCACAUCCGUGGUUGAACCUGACAUCACUCCUAUCAAUAUUAAUCAUCUUAGCAGAUGGCAGCGAGUGUGCUACCUGCAACAACAAUUCUGGAAGAAAUGGCAAGCAGAAUAUCUAACUCUUCUGCAACAACGCCAUAAAUGGCACUCAUCUUCGUCGAAUCUCAAGCUCGGGGACGUGGUUUUGAUAAAGGACGAGAACAAUCCCCCGCUAAAGUGGCCUUUAGCUAGAGUCAUAGAAACCAUUUCCGGAAAGGACCAGGUGGUGCGAGUCGCAGUUCUAAAGACACCAAAUGGCGUAUACAAGCGAGCUGUUUCAAAGCUGUGUCUCCUACCAAUUGAUGAUAAUAUCUUGAAAGCCUAAACCUUUCAACGGGCGGAGUAUGUUUAGAAAUAGAUACAUAGUUCAUAAGCGAAUUUAGUAGUAGAAAUCAUCCCUGUUACUUUUAUACAUAUUUUGUUAAGUACCAACAUUCUUAGCACUUAAUUGUGUACAACAACACUACAACAUUGUUUAAAACUAGAUGUAUGCUUGCUUUAAGUCUGAGCGCCGGCAAUCGCCAAACCGGUUUUGCCUAUUUGAGUGACUUUGAUAACACACUCUUAUCAUGCUUGCAUAGGCAAGCAUACAUACGUACAUUAAUGUAAAUGCAGCGAAUUAGAACAAGUACCACUAUCUCAGCUGAUCUUUAAUACCGUACUUGAGGUAAAAGAAAGGCUGUAGGUUAAUCAACUUGUUAAGCUGUUUAAU